AACACACUCUUACUCUCGCUCCCAUUCUCACACUUUGAAAAGAGAUUUCCUUUGAGAAGACAUUUACAGCUUCCUCUUCUUUAAAGGUCAAACAUGAACCAGUCCUGCAUUGGAGAUGGACAGAACUGCUCCAUCAGUGAAUUCAAGCGGAAUGUUUACCCAACUGCAUACCUGCUCAUGUUCAUCAUCGGACUCAUAGCUAACCUAAUAUCACUGUAUGUCUUCCUUAAUAUGUGGAGAGCAGAGAGAACUCUCUCAUCGAUCAACCUGUUCAUGGUGAACCUCACUGUAUCUGACCUCAUGUUGAUCUGCUCACUGCCCUUUCGAGCCUCGUACUACAUCAACGACUCCAACUGGGUCUUUGGGGAUGUCACCUGUCGCUUUAUGUCCUAUAUAUUCUAUGUCAACAUGUAUGGAAGCGUGUACUUCCUCAUGGUUCUCAGUGUGAUUCGCUAUGUUGCCAUCACCAAACCCUACACCUAUGUCCGUCAGCAGCAUUAUCGCUUCACCUGGCUAGUGUGUGUCUGCAUAUGGUUGUUGGUGUCUUUGGCAUCCAUUCCGAACCUCUUUGGUGGCUCAAAACAAGAUGGGGAGAAGGUGAAAUGCCUGGAGCUUGUGGAACCAGAGGCAACCUUAUUGAACACCAUUGUCAUCAUGAACUAUGGGGCAUUGUUGCUGGGUUUCCUCGUUCCCUUUUUGGUCAUCCUCGUAUGUUACAUAUUUGUGGUGCAUCGCCUCUUGAAGCAAAACAUUAUGAAAACUCAAAGGCACCAAUACAAAAAGUCAUGUUCCCUCGUCAUCAUUGUGCUUGUCAUCUUCCUGGCUUGUUUUUUGCCCUACCAUGUGGCACGGUCUGUCUUUUUGCACGCUGAAUGGGAUCUGUGCACAAAUGGAACCAGGGGCUCAUGUGGAUACAUAAUAGGAGUCCGUAAAGCUGCAGUCAUCACACACUGUCUGGCCUCGGCAAACAGCUGUCUGGAUCCACUCCUGUACAUUUUCGUAGGAGAGAAUUUCCGAAAGUUCUGGAGAAUAAAAAGUCAAAGACAAAAACAAAAACAAAAACAUAACAGCACACAGAGGGAUAGUGUUAAUGUUGCAAAUGCUAAAACAGAGAUGCAAUUGUUAAGUACCCAAUGAUGAAGUUUGUUGAAAAAAAGAUUGGAAUUGGUGGAAUGCAUGCCUCCCAGGUUGAGGCAGGUCUGACAGUUGGAGCAGCAGGGAUUGUGGUUUAAAAGUUGAAGAUACAGUACCUGUAUAUGACAAGUGUGGGAAAAGAAAAGAAAAAGUCUUUAUAGGAGAAGCCUGACUAAUGCAGUGGCAAUACACUUCAUCAGGGACAUGCUGAAACAGCGACACGACUUUAACACCAGUAUUCACAUGUUCAACACCGAUACCAAGGAAUGCAUGAAGGGAGGAGGAAAUGCAAAGUGAGGUGUCUUAAGCCCAGGCUACACCAGCUCUGCAACUGAAGCAAUCAAUUCUGCGUAAUGUAGAAAUAGCUUUAGCAGACUGGUCUGUUGGGGGCACUAUGGCGCUGCAGGCUACAGUGCUCGUACCAUGUACGGGUCCGAGUGCCCACGGGGACCCAGGUUCAAAUCCGGCCUGCGGUCAUGUCCCAAUUCCACCCCAUCUCUCUCUCCCACUUGUUUCCUGUCUACGUCUUCACUGUUCUAUGAUAAAGGCCAAAAAAUAUACUUUAAAAAAAAAGAAAAGGAAGACUGGUCUAUUUUUUUUGGAUUGUACACGCCGCUAUCACAUCUGUAGCCAGUUCCACUAGGCUAAUUGUUGCAGCGCAGCAGAUGUUACACGGAUGGAAUGCUUCAGUUGCGUGCCCAAUGUAGCCUGCCUGUUAGUGAGUGUAUCUGGGCUUUGUUCCAAGGGCCACAUUUCAGUGCCCCUAUCAGACAAGACUUUUAAGCUCCCAUUUUGUUUCGACUGAAAAAUGUUAACACAUUGUAUUCUGUUUUUUUUUUUUUUUUUAAAUACUGUUCAAUUAAAUGUCUCAUAAGUAGUAGGCUACAAAUACGUUAUUCACUAAGCAAAACAAUUUGCUUUGUAUGACACUUCCUUAAUUAGUAAAAAAAAGAGUAAUGUUUUGGAGUGUGUGUUUCUGUACUUCUGUGAUCUACAUAUGAGUCACUGUUUGUUGCAGCUUUAAAACCAGUCUCACCAAUUGAUUAUCAUGUACCACAGUCUCACCAAUUAACUUUCAUGCAACUUUUUGGAUUUCUAGCCUGUUGAUAUAGUUCAUCAUUACACAAAUAGCCAAUGGACAAUAUAUUGUUAUGUAUAUGUAUCAUGAGGCCUUAUACUGACAUUUUAUUUUGCUGCUAUUAUGGCAUUUACGGCAUUACUCUUGAAACUCAUGAAGUGGCUACUUUAAUGAUUACAGUCAAACUUACCUGCUAGUCAACAGUUAACUGAUGUUGCUUCAAUAGAGCUGUAUCUAGCUUCCUGAGAUGUUUUUGUUUAUUAAAUUACAGUAAAUGUAACAUCUUCAUUUAUGUAUGCAUGCACUGGCAUGGUAUUUAGUACCACACAUUUAUGUCAUAAGAGGGCGUGCUUCUGAAUGACAUGUCUAUCAUUCUAUUACAGAUAAAACAAAGUCACUAAUAUUUAGCAAAACAAUUGAAAAUGUGUUCAUUUGUGUAAUGUAUUUAUAUAACAUGACAGUUGGUGUCAUUACCUCUGCUGUUUGUGGGUUUGUUUGUUUCAUUGUCAUUAGCGUUACACACAA